UUCACCAAUUCUCAAACUCCAACCCCAAACUCUCCAGAUCUCCACCACCAUGGCCACCGCCACAACCGCUCAAGCCGGCCGAGGAAAAACCAAGACCACCAAAUCCAUCUCCAGGUCCACCAAGGCCGGCCUCCAGUUCCCCGUCGGCCGAGUCGCCCGCUUCCUCAAGAACGGCCGCUACGCCCAGCGCGUCGGCAGCGGUUCCCCUGUCUACCUCUCCGCCGUCCUUGAAUACCUAGCCGCUGAGGUUCUGGAGUUGGCUGGAAAUGCUGCCAGGGACAACAAGAAGAAUCGGAUCACUCCGAGGCACAUCCAGCUUGCUGUGAGGAACGAUGAGGAGUUCACUAAGCUUCUGGGGUCUGUGACGAUUGCGAAUGGAGGUGUUCUGCCCAACAUUCAUCAGAAUCUGCUGCCGAAGAAGAACGCUAAAGGGAAGGGAGAAGUUGGAUCUAUGUCUCAGGAAUUCUAGAUCGGGCUAGGUUUGUUUGUAGGGGAAGAAGUAGUAGGGUUAUGUUGUUAGAUUAGGUCCCCCCCCUGGUUACAAGCUACAGAACAGUUAACUCGCUGUUAUGUAUUGGGUUUCUUUUGGUGGAAUGAAAAUAUCAGUUUCCAA